AUGGCAGUUGGUUGGUCAUCUGACGGUGAAAAGGUCAAGCGUGCCUUCCAUUCUAUGCUGCUAUCUAGAGGUAGAGCAAAGUCCUUGGAACCCGAGCCUGUCAAAGUUCAGGGGCCAAAGGCAUGCCCGGAUACCCACGAGACCAUCAAUUCUGUCCAUGUUAGGCUAUCAGCAAACCUCAAUGGAUAUGAGACUGGCUCUCUGUCUGAUGUGGGGCUCAAGGCCGUGCUUGACGACGAUAAUUACAUGUUUGUCCAUGCCGUCUCUGGCGCUCGUGACGACCCCGGAAACGGUUCGAGCCUUGGAGAUUACACAAGAGGGGCGGCACUCGACCAUGGCAGGUUGUUGCAGCUUCGUGAUCAGUCAUCUCUCCUCUGCAUCGUACACAGUACACACCCUCUCAAUACACCGACCAACCACAUGUCUGGGGGUCGAGUAGUUCCCCCAGCAGGCAUGGGGCGGGGGUCAAGCAAGGCCUCAUGUCUUCAUGGUGUGGUCAUACUCUGUUUUCUCCUGCAUCCUCCUAUCAAACCGUCCAGGUGCAUGUGA